CUGAGUAACGGGUAUAUGAUGGUCGAGGAACUCGACUAUAGUGUUCUCUCUUGUUUGCUUUGCUUUCAACGCCAGUUGUAGUAAGCAAUUGUAAUUGAAAAAGAUGUAUGAUUUGUUGAUAUAAUAUUUCUCCCUAAUUAGAAAUUAGGUGAUAAAUUAACACAUUUAAAAUUGGAUUUAUACUUUGUGUGUUUAUGUGCAUAUAUUGAUGCUACACAUACUUCAAGAUACUAAGCAAGCAUAUUGAUUGGUUGUUGACGGACAAUCUUGAUGGUUAUUCUCAUUAGUACAUUUCAGGAAUGAAAUAACGAUGUGUGAAUUCUGGGCGGGGCACGAGCUUUAAACAGCUUAAUUGUAUAUGUAGGAGCAUUUGUAUUUUCACAGUCAACAUUUUAAACUCCAGUUGUAGUCACACGGAAGAGAAAGAUGAAUCCGCAGCUCGAACAAGAUAAGUCGCGAUUAAAUUCUUGUAUUGGCAAAAGUAUACAAAUAAAAAAAAAGGGAAGAUUAGGAGCGUUUAGUAUUGACAGUAUUUUGAGCACUUCAGAGGCCCACUCAUCGCAAAAUAGUCUGUCCAAAGGCAAUACUAAUGUUACAUCAAGCGAUGUUUCAAAACUGUAUGAAUUUAGCUUUCCUCAGGGAGGAAAUAAGAAAACCCCACUUACAAAUUUUCAGUUAUGUCAAGGACACCACCUCCGGUUUCCCAUCACAUUUGAUGACAGCACAGCCUCGCGUUUUAUAUGGCGAACAGAAAGUAUUCUUCCCUCUUAUUUAACCAACUCGACAAACUUUCAAGAAAAACAACUGAGAAAGAAAUUUACUGACAGAAAACCUCGUCAGGCCUAUAGUUCCUCACAGCUGGAACGUCUUGAAAAUGAGUUCAAUUUAGACAAAUAUCUUAGCGUUGGCAAGCGUGUUGAACUGUCAAAAUCAUUAUCUUUGACGGAAGUUCAGGUAAAAACAUGGUUUCAAAAUCGUCGGACCAAGUGGAAGAAGCAGCUGACUUCGCGGUUGAAAAUAGCGCACAGACAUGGACUAUGGAUACCUACCCUUCCCAUAACAACUAUUAUUCCAAAUACAAAAUAUGAUACUAUUGAAUAACACAUUUAAAAGUUAUUAAAUCUUAAAUAAAAUAAGAAAAGCAAAUAGU